UGCGCCGCUGGGUCUGGCGCUUCUGCUUCUUUUCGCGGUCGGCCUGGGGGGAGGAAGAAACGAAGAUGGCGGACCUGGAAGAGCAGCUAGCCGACGAGGAGAAGGUGCGCAUUGCAGCAAAAUUUAUUAUCCAUGCUCCCCCUGGAGAAUUCAAUGAAGUUUUUAAUGAUGUUCGAUUACUGCUUAAUAAUGAUAAUCUUCUCAGGGAAGGAGCAGCCCACGCGUUUGCACAGUAUAACUUGGACCAGUUUACUCCAGUAAAGAUAGAAGGCUACGAUGAACAGAUUUUAAUAACAGAACACGGUGACCUGGGCAAUGGAAAAUUUUUGGAUCCCAAAAACAAGAUCUCUUUUAAAUUUGAUCAUUUAAGAAAGGAGGCUAUUGAUCCAAAGCCUCAUGAAGUUGAAAAUGCAAUUGAAUCAUGGAGAAAUUCAAUAGAAACUGCAAUGAGAGCGUAUGUGAAAGAACAUUAUCCAAAUGGUGUUUGUACAGUGUAUGGGAAGACAAUUGAUGGACAUCAGACUAUUAUUGUAUGCAUAGAAAGUCAUCAGUUUCAAGCAAAAAACUUUUGGAAUGGCCGUUGGCGGUCGGAAUGGAAGUUUACAAUCACCCCUUCAACCACUCAAGUGGCUGGUAUCUUGAAAAUUCAGGUUCACUAUUAUGAAGAUGGUAAUGUUCAGCUAGUGAGUCAUAAAGACAUACAGGAUACUCUAACAGUGACUAAUGAAGCCCAAACAGCAAAGGAAUUUGUAAAGAUAAUAGAGGCUGCAGAAAACGAAUAUCAGACUGCUAUAAGUGAAAAUUAUCAAACGAUGUCGGACACUACUUUCAAGGCCUUACGUCGACAGCUGCCUGUUACUCGCACAAAGAUUGACUGGAACAAGAUCCUUAGCUACAAGAUUGGGAAAGAAAUGCAGAACGCCUGAAAUGAAGAUUACAAGACUGGAUUGUUUUGGUUUCCAUGUAUACAAAAUAAAAUUGUUACGAAGGUAUUCAGAACUGUUAAGUCACCCAGUCAGCAUGGGCAUUUGCCAUUGAAAAUCACUGUAAGUAGUUCGGUUAAGACACAAGGCUUAGCUAAUUGAACAUUUUUCUUUGUCCUUUUGUUUUUCCUAUAAACAGUUACAAAAAUCAGUGUAGCUGAAACUGUUGAGCUUCUGAUAGACUUUUUUUUAAUAAUGGUGACAUGCCUUUAGUUUUCAGUUAAGUUAAAAAUUAUUUGAGAGAUAUUUUUGCAUAAAGUUGCUUCCAAUGUCUCUUGCUUUCGUACAAAAAGGGUAGCCUCUAGAACACAGUAUCACUGAAGUGGUUGGUACCAGAUAUCAUCAGUUGGUCAUUCAACAUGGAUUAUAGCCAUGUUUGCUGUUGUAGGAACAACCUAUCCCCUCCACUGUAUGUAAGCCUGGGAAAAGCAUUUUCUAUAUCGAACCCUUUUCAGUUAUUUAGAUAGCUUGUUGUUAACUUAAUUUUUUUAAGACCAUGGUCUAAUGCUGUUUUUAAGGUGAUGAAAUUAAAUAUUAGUGCUUAUUUUGGACAUGCAUUUACUGCUCUAUUCCUGACAGUUGCUCAAAUGAGUUUGGAUUCUAUCAGCCCUCAAGUUACUUUUACCAUACACCCACAAUUGUAUUAUAACAAGGCAUAUUGUAAUAUAUAUAUAAUCCUGUACUCAUUACUGUGUCUGUCAGUUUCUUUUUCUUAGAUUGAAAUGUACUAAAAUUCAAUGUGACAUUAAAAUGCAAAUUUUCUAUUUA